CAAGUUACUCUAGCAAGUGCAUUCUGCGGUUCAUUCGCUGCAAGUUUGAAAAAGUUGCUACUGCAUUGCUGCAGUCUCCCUGCACAUACGACUUACCGUCACUUACGAAAUAACUUAUCGAUGCUCGUUUGCUACCCACAAAAAUUACGGCGUCUACGGCAGUGAUAAUCAUGCGCAAGAAGAACUGACGAAAUAUACUAAUAGAAACACUUCGUUUUUACGAAGAUUAUGCUUGCGGCAACAUUCUACUAAUGGAUAAACAGAGUCGCGCCUACCGUGAAUCGAUGUUGCUGUCGAUGUCUGGUCCGCUGUCAAUGUCAGAGCCUCAGCUGCUCAAUGCGAAAAGCUCCGAUCUUUCCCACGCUGAUCAUCCCUUGAACGGACAUACAUUGAUGGAUGUACCAAAAAUGGACGAACGAAGGAAUUCAGAUGGAGAUCUGCCUAGUUAUCCUCGUUUAAGUAUUCAAGAUAAAAAGAAAAUUGGACACAGGAGAGUAGAUGAAGCCGGAAACAUCACGUACAAAAAGGUCCCGGCGAAUGAGUUGAUGCAAAGUAUCCAAGAAGGCAUCAGGCAUUCCGUCAGCAAAUUGGCCAGCGAACCCGAGCGAGAUGUAUUGUUUACGGAUUUUGAAAAUACUGAGAUUGUCUUUCAUCCCCGUGAGGGAACCAAAUUUACUCCUGCACAUAAUCUGUCGGAUUUCCACUUCAAAACCUACGCUCCUAUUGCCUUUCGGCAUUUUCGCGAGACAUUCGAAAUCACGCCGGAAGAUUACAUGAUGUCGUUGUGUACAGAACCUUUGAUUGAAAUUUCCAACCCCGGCGCAAGCGGAUCUCUGUUUUACUUGUCAGAAGACGAAAUGUUUAUUCUCAAGACGGUUGAGCAUAGCGAAGCGGAAUUUUUGCUCAAAUUGCUACCGCAGUAUUAUAUGAACAUUGUUCAAAAUCCCCGUACAUUAUUACCAAAAUUUUUUGGACUCUACUGCUACAAAGCACUGGGCAAGAAUGUACGAAUGCUCGUCAUGGACAACAUCCUUCCGCGAAGGAUUAAGUACCAUCAUAAAUUCGAUCUCAAGGGCUCAUCGUAUAAGCGUUUUGCCUCCGACAAGGAGAAAACCAAGACCGUCCCAACGCUGAAAGACCUGGAUUUCGCUGAAUUAUACCCGGAAGGAAUUUUCCUGGGCAAUGAGACGUAUUUGCAAUUGAUGAGUUUGUUCAAGCGUGAUACACUGGUGCUGCAGAGCUUUAAGAUUAUGGACUACUCUUUGCUGCUUGGAAUUCACAAUCUCGAUAAGGAUAUCCAGGAGGCACAGAAGCUCAACGAGAAUUUACAGUCGGCAGCUGGAGAUGGCUCACCGCCUGUACAAGAUGACCAGAUAUUGGAUAAGAGAUUAGGAAGGACGCGGUCUAUUAAUCGGGCCCGAUUGGCCGCCUUUCAGCGUGCCAAUAUUAAUGAUCAGAGUCCCGAUGAGGGUCUUUUGAAGGCCACAGUUACCCGGCAGCCGUCGACGAUUAGUGAUGGGACCGGUGUAGAAGAUGAAUGGACGAAAGCGUUGAUGCAGGCUAAUAUUGAUCCAGACCUUGUAGGCGGAAGUAUAUUAGGAAAAACACCAAAAGGCGAACGGCUUUUGAUAUUCAUGGGUAUCAUUGAUAUUCUCCAGUACUGGAAGUUACGCAAGAAGCUUGAACAUGCUUUUAAGUCGAUCUUUCACGAUGGAAAUACCAUUUCCGUUUGCCAUCCGACGUUUUACGCCAAGCGCUUUCAAGAAUUUAUGGCCGAAAAGGUGUUCCGCCCGCAGAUUGACUCCCUGAAAUUUAAACUUGCGGACAUCCCAAUGCGACUAUCAUCACGCUUGCAUCCACCAUUACUCCACAUGCCGAAUCAACCUAUUGCCAAAAGAAACAGCUUGAGCCGCUCUACAUUGCCCAAUACAGUCCCGGUGAAGACUUUCGUUAAAACUGGCAGUCUAACAAGACAUCCCAAUGCUCUCCAGCCGGAUAUUGUGGCCAGUGCUACCGGUGGAACGGAUACGUCGUCGUCGAUCGGUAUUUCCUCGCACCCCACCUCCGAGAGCGCGUCACCUCUCGGUCAUACGAAACUACGCAUUCGGAACUCAUUCAAUAAGCCGAUAGUAAUUCGUGAUGCCGGCUCGGCGGGAGAUAUCGCGCUGGACACGAUAGCGAUUGAGGGGGUUAUGAUUAGGAUGGAUGGCGAUGAAGAUGAUGUACGGAUACGGAGCGGGUCGGCGUUAAGUUCCGGGACGUCGGUCAGUGCGACCAGAGUGAAACUGGUAGAAUUGGUGGAAAUGUCCACGGUGCCGGAGCAUUUCUUCACGGAUAGGCCAAAGAGUCCGAGGGAUGCAUUACAAGAUGGAACGAGUUUUGCCAUAACGCAGGUGUCAGAAGGAACUCAGACGGCCGGUGCAGUGAUUGCUGAACCUGACUAUGAAGAGACGGAUCUUUAGAACCUUGAAGUGAUUACCUUUUCAUGAUGAUUCCUGAACUCGAUUGACGGACGCUAUGAAAUUCCUUUAUUACUGCUUUCAUGUUUUGUGACUGCUCUUCGGGGUAUGAUAUGUAAGUUAUUUCAGUUUGUUAGUUUUAUUCAUUUUAUUGAGUGUAAUGGAUGCGAUUUUUGCCAAACUUAAUGAUCCUGCCAAGAUUACUGUAUCCAAUUGAGCACAUUGCUUGAGACUUUUGUCUUUAUGAAAGAAGAACGCAGCAAAUCUGUUGGUGAUUACGAAAAAUAAAGGUGAAAACAUACCACGCAAAACAUGGUAUGAAUAUG